AUGUUUCCGAGCGUAGACAUAAAGGCUCAUAAAGGCUCGUCUUUAGAAAAGACGAGACAGCUGCUUCAAUUCACUGGUUUCUCUACAAUGACUGCAGAACAAGAACUUAACGAGCUUAAAGCUCUGCUCGAAACAGACGAAAUCAUUUAUCCCGAAUCGCCAGACUAUGUGAUGAACAGUCGGCCCUUCGCUUUGCAGAAGGACUACAAGCCGAAAUUAGUCGUGAGGCCAAAGACUCUAGAGUCUUUGAGCAGGACAGUCCGUUACUUGGCUGAGUCGAGCUUACAGUUCAAGGUCAGAAGUAUGGGGUUUGGGAGUGCGUCUGCCAAAGAUGUUAUCUUGAGCAUGAGGGCCUUUGACCAAUUCGAAUUUGAUCGCGACAAGGAACAAUUGAUUCUUGGCGUUGGCCAGCCUUGGGAAAACUAUUAUACAAAGAUGGAGCAGAUAGCUCCAGAGUACUCAGUGGUGUCCGUUAGAACUCCAAACAUUGGCGUAGGUGGAAGCACGCUCUCUGGAGGGUUUUCAUGGUUGUCUGGAGAGCACGGCUGUUUGUCUGAUCCGGAAAAUCUAUUGGACAUGCAAGUCGUUAAGCUUGAUGGAACGGUAAUAUGGGCCUCUGAAGAACCCGAUCUUCUCUGGGCCAUGCGCGGCACGGAAGGCUCUUUCGCCGUAGCCGUUGCAUUCAAGCUGCGUUGUUUUAAGUAUCCACAGAAGGUGUGGUCCGGUCCUAUCCUGAUUCCAAAUAGCCGGGAAGCACAAAAGCAGAUCUGCACAGGAAUUCUCGGUAUGGACCAGGACCACCCAGAACCCAAAACGGCGCUGUUCUUGUAUCGUAUGAACCCAGAAAUCCUAAAAGCUAUUGGAGACGGCAAAAACGGAGACAUGAUCGUCGUUCACGCCUUUGAUGCGCGAGGCGAGGAGGCUGGCAGGGAAGCUUUUGGAUGGGCAUUGAACAUACCUGGAGUCAUCGACCGAACCCGAUAUCAAACUAUGAAGGAGCUCGCAAUGAUGCAGAAUGGCGUUGGUGCUCUUACGUAUACGCAGACGUUUUAUUGGACCGGAAUUGCUCUUGCACGACUAUCCGAGGACAUCCUGAUGAAAUCCUUUGAGUGGUAUGAUGAGUGCUCCAUGGCUGCAAAUGACUCCCUCGGAUCUUACUCAAGCUUGGUCUUUGAACUGUUCUGCACUUCUGAGUCGAAAUCUGGCAGGCUCUCUUCUGGAUGGCCCAGACCUCCAGGAUUCAAGCACAUGAUAUUGAUACAGUCAGGAUCACCUGGGAGAAGCGCGGCAGACGAUGUCGCGAGAGAGCUCGCAAUGCAGGGGCCAAGUUUUAUACUUGGACCGAGCGCCAAUCGUAGUUCAACAGCCAAUGCUAUAGAAGACUUUCAUGAUGUCCAAGAAAUUUACGGCGAAAAUUAUGAGAAGUUAAAGGAAUUGAAACGCCAAUACGAUUCAAAGAACCGAUUGAAUGGUUGGAUCAAAGUUUAA